AUCCACCCACACUUUCCAUUCCUUUCUCUGACUUCAGGGCACCCACUAGUAGAGAAGAGCUGGCUCUGUCACUCCCCCUCUCCCUUUUCCUUCCUUGACUCGGGGUUCUGGGCACCCUCAGGCCAUGUAGCCUGGUUGGGAGUAGGGGGCGGUGGGGCCUAGUUUUCAGGGUUCUAUAGCUGAGCUGCCAUGGUAACUGGGGGAAAUAAACACUCCGAGUUUCACGGCCCAAGUUCUGCGGUGAUGUCAUCCCUAGCUCUAGCCUGCUAGGUCCUGUGGCUGGCUGCACCCCAGGCGGCCUCAGCUGCUCAAGCCAGAGGAUUGACUUCCUUCCCAACCCCCAAGCAGCUUCUCGAGUUGGGGAGAGAGUGGACACAGGGGCUUGAGCAAGGGCAUCUGGAACAGGCUCCACACAGGCCUAGCCCCUUGCCCACCACUUGGAUCUCUCAGUAGCUAUUUGCCCCCUCUUGGGCCCCAGCCAUGAAACUGCCCAAGGGGGCCAGGAACUCUGUGUUCAAUGGGCAGGGCCCAGAGGAGAAAGUUCAGGUGCCCUCAUGGCGGGAGGUAAAGCAGACCCCUGUGAUCAUGGCAAUGAUCAAAGGUCCGGGCCCGGCCAAGUACCUCCGACCAUCUGGCACCGGCUACUUCCACCACGACAUCUCCAUGUUCCAGGAGCCAGCCUAUACUCUGCACACGAGACACUCGGAGAAGCGGGUCAUGGACGUUUGCAGCCCUGGGCCUUGCUAUUUCUUGGAUCCCAAAAUAACCCGGUUUGGAAUGUCCAGCUGCCCACAGGUUCCCAUGGAGGAACGCAUCUCUAACCUGCGCCUGAGCCCCAACCCAGCCCCCUGCCAUUACCACUUGGAGAAGACCCACCCACCUGGGGAACGCAGGGCUCCCCAGUGUGCUUUUGGCUACCGGUGCCCGUACAGAGUAAUGGACCCCAAUCCAGCCCCCAAUCAGUACCAGCUGCCACUCUUGCUGGGGCCCAGCAACCCCGUCAGCCGAGCGGCUCCUUGCUAUAGUUUUGCCUCGGGGCACAAGAACUGGUUCUACAAGGAGAAUGUGGCAGGAGGCCCUGGGCCGGCCGUGCAUGCCCGGCCUGAGCCCUCCGUUUACCAGAACCGCAGCCCCGUCUACAACAUGGCCAAGCGAUUCGCCUACCCGAUGGACCACACACCUCGGCCUGGCCCAGGCUCGCACGACGUCCAGCAGGUCACAGUGCACAAGCCCCGCCCGCCUGCUUUCACCAUGGGCAUCAAGCACUCACUCCACCUAUGCCCACUGGUCAUCGACAUUCCCGACUAAGCCCCCUCCUGGGGCACUCACCCCCCACUCCCCACAGAAGUUAUUUUUCUAUACUGAACUGAGCAAUUUACCAAGGUUUCAAGUAGUAGGGCUGGUGCCUGGUGUGUCUAGCGCACAGAAGGCAUUAGAUAAAUAUUUUCACUUAUUCAGUUUUUUGUUUUGCAAACAUGGUUGCUUCCUUUGGGGCCUGCCCUGGGUGAGGGGCUGGGAUCCUGGGAGGCAUUGUAGGGGUCCCUGUCUGGAAAAAGGUCUGUCCCGGCUCAGCAGGGGAGGCAGCCAGGAGCCCUGGGCAGAGACUCUGGCCAGCUAUGUUCUAGUCUGAACUCUGCCACUAACGUGCAAUGUGGCCUUGUGCAGCUCCUGUCCUCUGGGCCCCUCAGGGCUGCCCUUGGGACAGUGAGGGGGGAAGCGUAGGCCUGGAGCAUGUCCAAGUU